CGUGGCCAGCAUGACGUCGUGGUGCGCGCCGUUCCCUGGGGCCGUCGCAAGUCGUUCCCGGGAACUUGUUUUUCCCCAGAGCUAGCAUGAGCAAGCGGAACCAGGUGUCGUACGUGCGGCCUUCGGAGCCAGCGUUCCUGGCCCGCUUCAAGGAGCGGGUCGGCUACCGGGAAGGACCCACGGUGGAGACCAAGAGAAUCCAGCCUCAGCUCCCAGAUGAAGAUGGUGAUCACAGUGACAAAGAUGAUGAACAGCCCCAAGUGGUGGUCUUAAAAAAGGGAGACCUGUCAGUUGAAGAAGUCAUGAAAAUUAAAGCAGAAAUAAAGGCUGCCAAAGCAGAUGAAGAACCAGAUGCAGCUGAUGGGAGAAUUAUUUAUCGAAAACCAGUCAAACGUCCCUCAGAUGAAAAAUACUCAGGUUUAUCAGCCAGCUCAAAAAAGAAGAAAACAAAUGCAGAUGAAAUGAGUAAGCAGGACUCAGUUAAAAAGAACUCACAAAAGCAAAUAAAAAACAGUAGCCUUCUUUCUUUCGACAAUGAAGAUGAAAACGAGUAAGUGUAAACAUUUUGGGGUUAGUCGUCUUCAGAAGUAAAUGGGAUAUUUUUAAAAGUAAUUUUUUCCAGAGUGUUUUUAAAUAACAUUUUUCCCUGUUACAAAGAUACUACAAGUCCACUGUAGAAAACUUAGAAAAUACAGAAAAUUUAAUAAAGUAAAAACUGUGUCUAUCCAUCA